AUGUACUAUUCUUUGAUGUAUCUGCCCCUGGCCGAUGCCACCGUCAUCACAUUCCUCUCACCAUCGCUCGCUUGCUGGGCGUGCUCAUACUUCAUCAACGAACCGUUCACCAGGAUGGAGCAGAUAGCUGCGUACAUCUCGCUAUUCGGCGUCGUCUUGAUCGCAAGACCCGUCUCGUUAUUCUCUGCGCUAUCGCAUUCCAGCGACCCGGUUCCUGCCUCCGGUGGCUUAGACGCCAUUCCGACAAACACUACUGCGGCUUCGCCCGAUCGUCUCGCUGCGGACUACGAUGAUGUGACACCCACACAACGAGCAGCAGCAGUAGGGGUAGCGAUGUUGGGUGUGAUUGGAUCAACAGGGGCAUACACCACCAUUCGAUGGAUCGGCAAGCGCGCACAUCCACUCAUAUCCGUCACUUACUUCGCAACAUGGUGUACGAUCGUUAGUAUGGUGGCAAUGGCUUUCGUGCCAGGCGUCGGCUUUCUACUCCCCAAAGGUGUGAAAGACUGGUCUUACCUGCUCUUUCUGGGUAUCUGUGGAUUCGUCAUGGUAAGUCUGGUCUACGACCUCGCGUCGCGCAUCGAUUAA